GUGACGACGACAACAAUAUCGAGGACGGCGUAAGCAGACCGAUGCAACCGGAACGUGUAGAAGCAUCGGCGUCACGCAACUCGACGAGGUCGCUGCCAAGGUCGUCGUGUGCUCCGCUACCACCACCAGCACCCUCUCAUUGGAUCGACGAGGGUAAAUCGUGGCGAAUCCUCCCAGUGAUCGCCCGCUGCUGGUCGCCCGCUUGUCGUCGCGAAGGUGAUCCAGAGUCUCGGUGACAGGUUGAUGGCCGACGAGAGGGUCGCAGGUCCUGGCUCGCAGAUCGCAGAGCCUGGCCGCAACUGGAAUGCCGCGUUCCGACGAGAGGACCUCCUACUUGAACCUGUGGCGCGAGUUCCUCGUCUUCAACACGGCCGUCAAGAAGUUCAGCCUGAAUCGCCGUCCGGGGAAACCUAGCGGGAUGAAUGUAUCUACGGUGUUCCCCGAAGGAUACGUGGAAAAUGAGCGAAUACAGCGUCAUGCAACAGCGGCGCCUAAGGAGGAAGAAGGAGGAUUUGAUAUGGAACGAUAUCAACGUGUCAAGGAGUUCGUCGGUCUGGAGGAAGUCACCAAGCUCGACUUCCUGGUGAUGCUGUUUGCCGAAAUUCUGGGCACGUUUCUGUUGGUCCUCCUAGGCUGCGCCUCUUGCAUCACAUGGUCUUUGGAUACACCACCGACUGUUUUGCACAUUGCGUUCACCUUUGGCCUCGCCGUGGCAAGUUUGGCACAGGUUUUAGGUCCGAUUUCCGGUUGUCACGUAAACCCAGCUGUAUCACUCGGUCUGAUGGUCAGCGGAAAUUGCAGUCUUCUUAAAACAAUUAGUUAUGUGGUCUGUCAAUGUUGCGGUGCUAUUGCGGGAGCUGCUGUUCUUAAGCUGAUAAUACCCGGGACGCAGCCCGCGAACGGCCUCGGUGCCACCAUGCUGGGUCACGGCGUAUCGGUGUCUCAGGGUGUCGUGAUGGAGGCCAUCAUCACGUUCCUCCUAGUGCUGGUGGUGCACGCAGUGACAGAUGCCAAGAGGUCCGACACGAAGGGCUGGGCCCCGUUGGCGAUCGGUCUGACGAUCGCGACGGCUCACAUGGCAGCUGUACCCAUCACUGGCAGCAGCAUGAAUCCCGCCAGGACUCUGGGUCCAGCUGUGGUGGAGGAUGCGUAUCAGAAUAUAUGGGUCUACUGGGUGGGUCCGCUGCUCGGUGCCCUCUUGGCCGGUGGCGUGUACAGGAUGGGUCUGAGGGCCCACAGGGAUGAGGAUGAGGGUUCGUACGACUUUUGAAAGGGUUGCUUAAAUCCGUGAGACGGAUCCUAAUAAUAAUAUUUCGCGAAAAUUCGGAUCGAAAGUCUCCCAGCUGUAAAUAAAGAGAUGAACAUGUAGUAAAGAUGAUGAUUUUUUAUGAUUUUUGUUGCAAACGUAUGACAACUGUAAAAGAAUAGAAUUUUGCAGAGAAUAUAUAUUUGUAAGUAAGAUAUAUAUAUUGGAUCCACUGCAGAUUAGAGAGGAUCGAAAUGCUAGAUACGAAAAGUUCAGAAAAUUGGGAGCUAUUGAUAUUUGAAUCGAAACUGUUUCAUAAUCUGUAAAUGUAGAUUCAACAUAUGCACACGUAUUAUGUGUUUUUUAUGUGUUUUAUUUUCUCGAAAUGUAUUAAUCUUUAUCUAUUUA